UCAUUAUUUUCACCCAUAUCCGAACGCUUUCGAGCGCCUCAAUCAGAUAUUUAGCUCGGCGACUCCCGUUAUUAUGCCAAAUGUGAAGAGGCUCUAAAUUUCCCGAAAUCUUCUAAUCCAUUGAAAGCCAAAACCGAAAACCUACACAUGACGCAAAUGAAGGCUGUUCGCAUUGCCAAGGCCGGCGGCAAAAUUACCGCCGAACUUCAUGACGAAUCUCUGCCGAUUCCAGGUCCACGCGAUGUCCUGAUCAAGGUCCAUGCUGCUUCCCUGAACUACCGGGACACGGCUCUGUUGAGGGGUGAAUAUCGUUUGCCGACUAAGGAAAACGGCAUUCCUGUUUCUGACGGUGCUGGAGAGGUUAUUGCAGUCGGAACAGAUGUUACACGGAUCGCAAAGGGCGACCGCGUCGCAGUCGGCUGCACUACGAAUUGGAUUGCUGGCCCAUACACCCCGGAAUAUCGCUCAAGCGGCGUUGGUUUCGCUGUCGACGGGCUGUUGGCUGAGUAUGUGACCUUCAACGAAGAUGCACUCGUCUGCAUCCCUCGUUAUAUGUCCUACGUCGAGGCUGCCUCCCUUCCUUGUGCGGCUGUUACCGCCUGGACGGCCCUUAGCAAAGUUGAGCCCCUCCAGCCGGGCCAGACCGUGCUGAUCCAAGGCACUGGAGGUGUUUCGCUCUUUGCGUUACAAUUUGCGAAGAUCUCCGGCGCUCGUGUCCUGGCAAUUACAUCCUCGGAUGAGAAGGCUGUUAAGCUUAAAGAGCUUGGAGCCGAUGCCGUUGUGAAUUAUAGUACCACCCCCGAUUGGGAUCGGGAGAUCCUUGCUCUGACGGGCGGCAAGGGUGUUGACAAGGUGCUGGAUAUUGCCGGAGAGAAGACUAUCGUGAAGUCCGCAGCAUCGACCAAGAUUACUGGCACCAUCGUCGUGAUUGGGUUCGCAAGCGGCUUCGGUGGCGGCCUUCCACCAAUUGACAUCCUCGGUCGAUCCCUCACAGUGACUGGAUCUGCUAUUGGUUCGCGGGUCGAGUUUGAAGCUAUGCUUCAAGCUAUGGAACGGCACGAAGUCAGACCUAUAAUCGAUCGCGUCUAUCCCUUCGCGGAUUUCCGUGAGGCAUAUAAGAGGCUCGAGGGUGGACAACAAACCGGCAAAGUCGUUAUCGAAAUCGCGAAAUAAAGUAGCUCACGAGGAAUUGAGAUUGGCUUUGGAAACAUGGACGUACAGUGAUAUAUAUAGUUGUAGUAGCCUGCAUAUUCCGGCCAACCAUCCCCCACAGAAUAAAGUGAACAAUGGUAUUGCACCGACGGUAGCAACGCAUGUCUGCAGAAAAGUGUCGGAACCUUGGCCAGGCUCGUUUUCGUAUGGCGUCCAAUUUCGCUUGACGUAGCUCUUCAGCUCGGAGAAGAUUUCUUCAAUAGGGUUCAGGUCGGGAGAAUAUGGCGGCAGGUAUAACAAUUUGACCCCAGCUUCAGAGCACAUCUCCUUAAUCCUCUCGGAAUG